AAAUGUAUAGAUUUGGAAAGAAGUUCAAACAACUUUUGUUACUCUACAAAAUCUAGUGUUGAUCAUAAAAGGAAGUUUCCAACCAAACAAUCGGUAUGAAAAUUUUUGUAUUGUUGAUAUAUUUUAUUAUUAGGCCAACGAAAUUGAUAUCAUGUUUCUCGUCCACAAUUUUCAAAAAUUUGGAGCGGGAUUUUUUUCAUUAUUUUUUGUAUUAGAAUUCUGCUUGUCAAUAAUUUCCUUGACCCAGUAAAAACCCCCAUAAAAAUCUGAAGUAAAUCGGUGUAUAAUUAAUUUUAAUUUAAUACGUCCUACACUACAGUAUAUUUCUACACAUACCAGGGCUGACAUGAAAAAUAGAAGCACUCUGGCGAGUAAUAUCUUUAGAAAGAUACAAUUUGAGUUGCGCUUGCGGAAUGCAGCAAUAAGACUUUCAUCUGGAGAUCAAUUUGGUGUUUUGUUAAGCCCAUUUUUCAAAAAUAAUGAAUGAAAAAUUUUCGGGGGGCAGAUAAAUAUCCCAUGCGGGCAGGGACGAGAAACAUGAUAUCAAUUUUCAUUGGCCUUACUGCGAUUUUCAGUUGAGCUUAGAGACAGGAAGUUUAGCUACAUAGUUUAAUCGUUGAAACUUACAAGUUACCAAAGACAAAUUCCAAUGUUGUCUAGCGAAAAUGAGAAUGUUUCAUGAGAGAUUUAAGGACUUUCCCCCAAUCACAGCAAAGGAAUUUGAAUCUGUUCGCUAUGAUUGUUCGAAAGUGCUUAGACAACGUGCUCAGAUUACAUCACAAAUGUUGCUCUCUAAACGGAAAAACUUUGCCGAUCUAAGCUCAACUGCAAAUUGCAUAAUUUAUUCAAUUGAAUUUAUUGUUUUGAUUCGCUGAUAGCCGUAAGCGAAUUUGUCAUCAAAUCAAUAGCAAUUAUAUGGAGGGGUGACCUAUAUUGAGGGUGACCUAUUAAUCAAUGCUCUUAUGUCAUAAUGUUGGUUUUCAGACAUAUAUUAAUCAACGCUCUGACGUCAUGCUAAUGACGACAAUGACGUAGCGACUGUGGAAGGUGUGAAGAGCAACGUGCAUCAAUUUGUUCUACAACCGGCUAGUGUUUUAUCUUUUAAAUAAAUAAUAAAACAAUUAUUGAAUCUCCCCCCCCCCUAAUAUAUGAAUUACUCCGAUUGGCAGGGCAAUUAAGGAUUUUGCAGGGCAACAAAAUUGCAGGCAUCAUAGAUUUUUGCAGGACAAUUAUGCCAAACACCCCCCCCCUCAACUAAACAGCCCCUGGUUGUUCCAAUUUCGCCCCUGGUUGUGCCAAUAGCAUAGGAUAAUAGCAUAUGUAUACUGUAGUCUCAUUGUCUGAAGUCUGUGCCAGAAAAAAGAGAUACAGGUAUAUUGCCCAAAUUUCCUCAAAAAAAUUGAUGAUUCAUCAAGUCUUGGGGUCUGCAGCCCCAUCCCAGUCUUGUAUGCUUACGACACCUAUAUAUCCACAUAUAAAUUUUGCUUUGACAAGUACUGUAAGUGUAUUCUAAAUAAGAAAUGGAUCUGUAGUUAUAAUUAUGAUACUAUUGCAACAACAAAAAAACUUUCAUGAAUUUGUUUCAUAGGACCAAAAUGAUGAUAAUGAACAGAAAGAAGAAUAUGUUUCUCAGGAUAUUUUUAACUUGCAGAGACAG